AUGCCAGUAUCACAUGUUGGAUUGACUGUUUCUCACGUACCUUCUGCGUGCUCCUUCUUUCUCUCAGCACUCCAACCUCUUGGAUACAAAUACGUUGGCAACCAAGGCGACUCUGUUGGUUUCGGCACCGACGACGCUGACUUCUUCCUGAGCCCUGAACUACCUGGUAUUGCUCGUAGUAACGCACAUGUGGCAUUUUCCGCAACUAGCAGAUCGGCGGUGAGAGACUUCUACGCAGCCGCACUCACCGCUGGCGGACAACCGAAUGGCGCACCUGCCUUUAGAGGCUGUAAUGAUUGCAUCUUCAACGCUGCAGUACUCGACCUAGACGGCAAUAGCAUCGAAGUAAUCUAUCACCAAGUGGAUGACGAUGACAGAUACACUACAACCUCGGGAGGCAGCCGUGUUCUGACAUGGAGAAGAGGCAUCGUGAAUGUCCUGGGUGAUGAGGACAGAACGACCUUUGUAUCGGCACACCGAAAUCAGCCUGAUGUUGAGAGUAUAUCCCCAUCAAGCGUCGUCGAAACAACAACUCGAUCCAAUGCUCCGAGUGUUACCAGGAAACCGUCAAUGCCCACCGCAUCAACUUCAAGCUCCGAAUCUGGAUUUCAAAUCACCGGGAAAGCCAUCAUAGGCACUAUCCUCGGAGCAGCAGCAGGUGCAGCAGUCGCGUAUGCUAUGGUUAAGAGCGAACAAGAUAGUGCACAACAGGAAGCAGAUUUUGCUGAAGCUAUGAGUAUGAAAUCUGCGUCGAGCAGAGCACCCAGUAAGGCACCUAGCAAGAUCGUCCCGAGUCAAGCUCAGACUAGCAAGGCGAAGACCGUAUUGAGCUCCGCGACAACGAGCAAAACAGCAAAGGCGAGCAGAGUGCCCGAACAAAGAGCUGAGACCGUGGCUUCACGGCCGAGGACACGAGUUCAUCGUAACUAUAGUACCACGGAUUCUGUGGUUGCGUCCAGAGUGAUGGAGCAAUUCAGCGAUGUUGAGUCCGAAAUUCCACUCCGAUCACACAAGACACGCUCGGUGCGAGCCAUUGAAGCGGCUCCCGAACCUCAGCCAAUCGACAGCAAGAGCUAUCAUAGCCCGACCUACGUCUCUCUGGCACCUACCUCGAGAGCCAGCAAGAAGACUGAAAAGUCUGAGGCAGUCUAUCUACCAGCGUCGCAAGUUGUUGUCCAAAGCCCAUCAAGAUCUCAGUCAGGACAACAUUCAAGAGCACUAACUGAAAGACACAUCGAAUACGUUCCAGCUUCUGAAGUAAGUCGACGGCCAUCCAUAGUGACUCGUCGGACAGUUACCUCGCCUCCAUCUGUCUGCAACACAGAUCGUCAAAUUGAAUACAUUCCGGCACAAGCUCAAGAAUGGCCACCACAAGAUCUUGUGGUUGCACGUCGCGACAGUGCUAUGAGCAUGUACUCGGUACAUUCGAGCAAAAACAAGCAUAGCAAAUAUUCUCACAAACCUCACCAAGAUGAGCGAGGAGACAUCUCUCCCGACCGAGCCAGCAGGCACUCUCAUCGCUCUAGCAAGCAUCGGGAACAUUCGACUGUAGGUCGCCGAAGCAAUUACCGAGAAACCUCCCGGGAUCGAUCACGUAGACAUCGUAGUUCAUCCAGACAUCGUUCUACGACAUCGACGAGAUCAUCGAGACACCAAUCUACUAGCCACAGAGAUGAAUCGCCAUUUGAUGGUUCUGAUACGAGCACCAUCAAGGCUAGUCAAGUCAAUAGGUCGCGUUGUGAGUCUGCCGCUGGUGUACCACUACCUGGAUCUCGCAAGACAUCAGUCGUCUCAGCAGCGGAGGUUCCCUUGCCGAGUUCAAGAAAAACGUCAGUGGUUUCUGCCGCUGAGUACGCUUUGCCAGUCUCAAGAAGAACAUCGAUUGUCUCAGGCGCAGAUAUGCCAUUGCCAGACUCCAGAAGACCGUCCUUGGUGUCGGCGGUUGAGAGGCCUCUACCAAUGUCCAGAGCUGACUCGACAAUAUCAGCUCACCAGAUUGCUCUGCCUGAGUCUCGGGCAGGAAGUAUCAUCGGCAGCAUUCUCGGGCGUCAAGCAUCAGUAUAUGAAGGAGCAUCAGCCGCUGGUGUACCAUUGCCAGAGUCACGCAAGACCAGCAUUGUAGGCAGUCUCCUUGACGAGCCAAUCCCUCGUAUUGACGACCUUGAGACUGUGGCUCCGGAUGAUAGCAUAUCCUGCGUUGCAUCUCGUCACAGCCGCCAUAAGCAUGAUGAGCCUCGUCACCGUGAGCGUAGCCACGACCGCGAGUCCAGAAAAUCGAGCUCAAGCAAGAAGCAUAGAUCAAGAUCGUUACAUGGUGAAGGCUCGCGACGAUCUGGUAGACACUCAGAAGUGGAUAGUGAUGCUACUGUCAAGCCAUCGAGGAGUAGUAAAUACAGCGUCGCUAGUCUGCCUGUGCAUGCGAGAAGCAGGACUGGUAUUGAGAAGGAUGAGAAAAGGGGACAGAGGAGUUUUGUCUCGGAGGGCUUGGGGGUGCCGCGUUCGGAGAAGCCAAAAUGUCGAUCGGGCCGAGGCUCCCUUGAGCAUCGACCCCGACCAUUUUUGUGGUGA